AUGAAACCUAAGAGCGAGGCAAGGGCCGCGAUAUACGGAUUGGUUGAACAUAUGUUCAACCACCUUUAUGAUAGCACUUCUAGCGGUCACUCGGUUCGGCUUCUCAAGAAAUACGCCCUGGAGGUCGCUUCGGGUAAAGUUGAUGGAAAAAACGUGGUUUUGAUGAUACGAAAAAACCAUAAAGUGGUCCCUGAGUUUGACCUUAAUGACGGCAAUCUCAAACAGGAGUGCAAGCUCGUAGCUGCCAAAUAUGGCGUUGAUAACAUGGAGCAUAAAGUGGCGGAUGGAAACUAUCGAAUCGCAUUGUGUGAGGUUCUGACAGGUAAAUCUAUGCAGUAUCUUCCGAUCCUCGUUGCGCUGACAGGUGUUGUGUUUCAAGAGGACGAUUCAUCUUGUUCAUAUUUCACCGACACCGGAACGACUAGAACCUACCGCCAGGUGAUAGAUAAUGAGGAGGAGAUGUCUUCGGAAGAUCUUGAAAUAGUCUAUCGUUUGCAGGCCACUGUCUUGGCCUUGGAGGCUAUUGGCUCUGUCCCUGUCGCCAACGACCCUGUCUUAGAUGCUAUCACUGGCCGUGAUGCCGAUUAUGCCUGGGAGAAUGAGCCAAGGCCUGAAUUUCGAGCUGGUUAUGAGGAGUUUAGGAGGCGGUUGUAA